AGAGAGAGAGAGAGAGAGAGAGAGAGAGAGAGCGUGGGAGGGAGGAAGAGAGAGAAGGAGAAGGGCUCGGAGGUGAGGAGGAGAAAGAAGAAGGAAGAGAAGAGAAAAGGGAUUCCAAUCCCUAGGUGUCAAGGUUCUUUUGCUAGGGUAUUCUUAAUUCUACAAUCAAGAGAGAUAUGGCCACUCCCAAUGUCUUCGACCUAUACCAGACUGAGGAAGAAGAGGAAGUUCCUCAGCUUCGGAGGAAGUCGUCACGGAGACAAACUGGCGAGACGAGCCAGGGUCCUGCGAAAAAGAGUCGAACAGAAGACCCUCCUAGAGACGUGCCUGCUGGGCAAACUUCUGUUCAUCCUCCGGCCCCUGUUGAGAAGGAGACUCCCCCUGCUCCAAUGAACCCUCCUCCGGUUGUGCCCAGAAGGGAACAAGACAAACGGGAGGAAACUCUUGGGGCCAAACUCUCGAGCCGUGCCAUACGAGCAGCCAAAGACCGCAUUGCGUACAUCGGGAAAAAUGACCGCGUUAAGGAUGCAAUGGUUGAGGCAGAAAAUAUGACGGUCGACCUGAUCCUGAACAGGACCUUGAAUGAAAUAGCCAGCGCAUUGCUGUCUGCUACCACUGCUCGUACCCGCACCCAAGCCACCAUCAAACAGACUAGGGCAAAGGCCAUUGAGAGGUAUCAGGUGAAAGCAGCCGAGGAGCUUUCGGCUGCAGAGGCCAGGCAUACUAAGGAGUUGGAAGCGAUAGUUCAACAGAGGGAUGCUGCGGUGACCAAGUUGUCAGAGGCUGAAGCUGCAAAGGCAGAUGCGAUAAAGUCGAGGCAGGAGUAUCAGGAUGCCAGCCGAACCCAUCUUCGCGAAGUCAGGAGAUUGGAAGAGGUGCUUAAGCCCAAGGACGAGGCCAUCGCCACUCUUGAGGGCAAAGUGAAGCAACUAGAGCUUGACAACUCCAAAAAUCUGGAAAGGUACAAGAGGACGACGCUCCGAUGUUUCUACAACUUCUGGAAACACAAUCAGGGAGCCGACUUCAGCUAUCUUUCAGAGGAUGUCAGGGCUGCCGAGCUGGCUCGCUGCACUGCCCAACUGGCUGAAGAGGAGGCAAGAGCAAGGAUCCCUGCUUCCCCAAGCAUCGCUGGCGCAUAGGAAGAAGGGGCUGCCGAGGAUGCUGUCACCCAGAAUGCUGCUAAGGACCCUCCUGCUCCCAAUGCUUCUUAAGCUUUUUCAUUUAUUUUUUCUUUUGAUUACAUGACCCACGGGUCGUGAUGUAAAGACAAUAUUUUCAUUUUAACCUUUGCUGCACGGGCAGUAAAUCUUUUUCUUUUACUUGAACAAUUACAUCCAAGCAGUGAUGCUUACGGUGUAAAAGAUUGCAUGAUGCUAUAACAUUUUCAUUUAUUAUAACAUUUGUCCGUAUGACCGAACUUAGCAUAGUACUUUGGCAUGAUUUAACAAAAUAUAAAUUUUGAAAAAUACUCUAAGUACCUCAGCAUGCUUUCACUCAUUUUGUUCAUGUGUUUACAUACCUCACGGUAUGCUUUGCUAUCGAUGUGCCUUAUA